AUGUCCAGCCUCGAAGAUGCAGCCAUCCAGGCUGCUGAGACCAUUCAAACCGCCCAUCUCAACAAAGCUCCCACGAAACAAGACAUGGCUCCAUCCACUGCAGCCGACACGAAAGAACGCGUUACGUUUGAUCGAUCUGCAGACGUAGCGUCAGAGGCGGAUGAGGUGGGAGAAGAUGAGGUGCCGCUGUCCAUUCUCAGACCGUUGCCGCAAGAUCAGUGGAGGAAGAGGCCAGCACAUGUGCCUCUGCCAGACCUUCGCUUUGAGCAGAGCUAUUUGAAGAGCAUUGAACACACGAACGGGUGGCAAGGAGUGGCAUAUGUCACCAUCAAGGAUCAGGUUUGUGUGAGAGAUAGCGUGUUCAAACAGAUCGCUGAUGUGAUUGCAGGUCCUGAUGCCCUUGGUGCAAGGCAUGGUCUGGUCUCUCGUCGUAGCAUGGUGUAAGGCACAUAUUCUGCUGGAGACUUGCAUCCACUGACAACCCAUAGGGCGCCAUUGGAACACUGCGACCAAGUUUUCAGGCCAAUCAGUCGGUGCAAAGAUUCGGAGAUGGUGUAUGUCAAACAGUCCUCCUUGGUUCCGCCGGACCGCACGAGGCUGAUCUGUAUCACUCAGGGUGGGGAGUCAACAACUGGCCCAUUCCCAACAAGUCGGGGAAGCGUUGA